GGGAGCGCAGGGAAGAGAACAUCGAAGAGACGCGAAAGACGGCGAAAGAGAGGGAAGAAACGGCGUGCCUCGCGGGUCGCCGGCUCUUCAGGGUCCGAGCUUCGUCCGAAACGAAGCGCCUCUCCGUAGAGCCGCUGUUCCUCUUUCUUCUCUAAAGAGAACGCGCCGCCGGGGACGACGCUUCGACGAAACCGUUCGUUCCUCGAUCGGUUCCAUCUCGUGAUUCGAUUACCUCCGUUUCUCCUUCUUCUCCUUUCCUCAGGUUUCUCUCUUUUUCUUCUGGGACACGGGUCCUCUUCUUUUCUCGCGAUUUUCGGGUACGGUGCGCGCGAGACGACGGUACGCGGUGCUCUCUGCGGGUGGUGGUGUACAGUGUUUUGGUGCUCAGGUGAUAGGUGGUGGUUCGGUGUCAUCGAUGGUGGUGGUGCCCGGUGGUUGAUGGUGGUUGGCGAACCCCGACCCCUGGAGGUAGCUGCUGGUGAUCGCUCCCUGGUCUUGGGGGCAUCCUUUCGCUUUCCGCUCAAAGAGGGGAGCGUGGAUUGGCAUGGCGUCCUAUAGGAGCUAUGGUGACAGUGGCGCCUACCGAUCCAGAACCAGCGGCGGCGUGUCCGCUAGUACGUUUGGAAGAGCGACUUCCACGGGGAGCAGUCUGCCAAGCUGCAGGACCAGCUACUCGUCCAUCGGUUCCAGCCGGGUGCCUACCAAGGAGAGGAUCUCUGGGUUUGGGAACGCGUUUCUCAAGAAAGACAAGGCCGACGAGAAAUCUAGCUUUAAGUAUUCCACUACCAAAGAAUCCGAAAAGAGUAGACUGCAUCCCGGCAGGACGUCGUCGGAGGACAUAAGGGCGAAGAGUCCCUUAUCCAAUAGCAGAUCCUCCCUGUUCGAGAAGUACUCGUUUCCAGCUAUCAAAGCAACCGACAGACCGUCCUCCGUCUUGGACAGAUACAACCGCGCCGCUUCGCGCGAAAAAAGCAGAGAGCCUGACGGAGUUUCCCGAUACGGAUCCAGCACGUAUCCCGGAUCAGGCUUGGCGCGAAGUUAUGGAAACGAAAGUAGAAUCGAGAAGAAAGAGAGAAGCGAUCAUCCGCCGGUUUCGUACCGGGGAUUACGUCCAAACUCGGGAAGGAGUUCCCGCGAGCCUAGCCCGGAAGUCAGCGUCGGGAAAUCGAACCCCUUCAGGGUCUACUCGAGAGCGUCCUCCUACGGUCGAUCCGGAGCCACUUCCAGUGCUUCCGAGUCGAGCUCAGCGCCGCUCUCCUCCAGGUACGGCUCGACAAGUAGCUCCAGGUUCCUCUCGUCGAGAAGCAGCAACGACCGAGUUCCCGCUGCCAUAAGCUACUCCGGAUCGGACAGGUUCCGAACUUCAGGUAGUAAGCCCUUGACAGCGAGCUCGAAGAACGAAGACGUCCCAAAGACCAAGUCGGAAAAGGAUUCUAGCCAAGAACCCACAGGCUCCGCCAAGCCGGAAGACCACGAAGCCGAUAGUAGACUUCAAGAUAACGACACCGUAACGUUGACCAUGGUUACCAGAGGCACGUCACCCAGCCCCCCGGCUUCUUCGUCCUUCGUCAGAAGCAGGAGGGCCGACAUAGGCAUAACUCAUCAAAAGGAAGUCACUCGAGCUCGGAGGAAAACGGAAACGAAGGACCAAGAGACUCAGUGCGACAGGGUGGAGGACACCUCGAGGUUCUCACGGUACGCCGGGGGCGGAAGGAUCUCGGGAUCGCCUUGGUCGUCCUACCUCGACAAAUUCUCGUCGAAUUCUAACAGUGCCCCAGUUUACAAUCGUGGGUUCAAUAAUGGUAACCCGACGAACUCCAGGGUGAACAGUUUUGCGUACGGCAGGUCGAACGACAACGCGGCAGCUUCGAGGAACGAGUCCGUCUCGAAGGUGUCGCCCAGUUCUAGUCAAGAAAUUCACUCCAACAGAAACCAAAACGAACAGAAUACCAAAGCUUUCGGUGGUCUGGGCUUCCCGAGGAACGCCGCCGACUCGCCGCACGCGAAAGCGGAUACAACUUCGAAGACGUCCGCGAACGGGCACGAGAACUCGGGGAGAGAUCAGACGGACGUUAAAUUGCAAAGUGGCGAGGCCGGGUCGCGUCCCGGCGGGAAGAGCGAAACGAAAACCGAUCGAUUCGGUAGUUCCAAGACGUUCAACAACGACUCGGUGGUGAAAAGGGAGGACUCGCCGCAGCGAGCGGCCAUUAUCGCCAAGUCGCCAGACUCGCGAGAAAGUAUUUCCAAGAGCGAGGAAACGGCGACCAGCAGGGAAAGUUCCACGUCCAGAAACGAGGGCUGCAAUCAAAGAAGACCGUCUAUACCGAGGCUGGGCCGUGGUUCGACGAAGAGCGAAGUUAGGGUAGUCAAGUCCUCGUCGGGUUCCUCGACAAAGUCCGACGGACUGCGAGAAAGGAGGGGUUCGACGCCCAACUCCGACGCCAGCUCCUUGCCAAGACUCGUCGAAUCCUCGAGAAUAGUUGAGGGAUAUUGUCAAGAAAGGAGCGAGGCUAUUGGCUCCCCGAAGCGCGAUAACACUUCUUCUGGAAAAGAGUCUCUUCACAGUCAAUCACCGCAGAGUCGAUCGACGCCGCCGCAGUCGCGCAGUGGGUCCUCGAAGAAUCUGCCCCGUCAAAUGACGCGGGCCGACUCGUCAGACGGAUCCGCUGUAAAUGUGCCAAUUGGCAGAUCGAAAUCGUCGUCAGCCAGUUCGGUGACGAGUCAGGGUUCAAAAAUAAAGACGACGCCGCCGCCAUCGCCGGGGAAGACGUCCGUCGGUUCGAGCGCGUCGUCAGUGAAUCUGAGGCAAGGCGGUUCACCGGACGCUCGUGGCAAACCACCUGUGCCGAAGAGCGAUGUAACGUCGGUGUCCGCGUCCAAGUGCAUCAUACCAGUGAAGUACGUCAACAAGGAUUUCCGUAAGUCGACGCUGAACAUGGAGAACGGCGAUCCCGCUCAAUCCAAGUACAGCAGGAAGAAGAAGAGCCAACGUAGCAUGUCCGUCAGCUCUCAAGAUUCGCAAUCCGAACCGAACUCCGAACCGAUUCAUCAGGCUGUUCAGUCUGGCUCCUCCAGUUCCGCGAAGUCGAGCAGAUCCAGGCUGAGGAUACCGUCCAGUGUGUCGAAGACGACGAUCAACAAGAGCGACUCAAGCGGCUCGCUGAGGUACGAAAAAUCGAGGAGCUGCUCGAAAUCGCCCUCUGGGAAAAGGGUCAAGGAGGUGGAGACCUCGAGCUCAAGCGACACCGAAUCCAAUUCCUCGAGCUCUUCGAGCAGCGAAGAGGAUGAGGAGCAGGCGAGGCCCGGGUCCAGACGCAGAAAGAGACGAACAUCCGAGUCUUCGUUCAGAGAAAAAAGAGGGAAGAUAAGCGCGGGUUCCUCCAGGACCAGCAUCUUAGCGUCGUCCGCCGACGAGAUGUCCCUGACCAUGGACAAACCACCUAGACCACCGUCCAGUCCAAGGUCGAAGAGCGAUCGUUCAGGGAAAACGGAGGAGGCUAAAUCGUUCUUGACGAGGGCCCUCGCGCCAGUGACGAAUCUUUUCAAGAGCAAGCGUCAGGAUUCUGGCGAAUCCUGCAAGUCGGGAUGGCUGGACUCCAGCGAGGAGAGGUCGGAGCACAACGUUGCGUCCUCGUCCAAGAGUCACUUGAAGAGUUGCAGUGCCGCGAACUCGGAAAAGACGGAUGACAGGAGGCAAAGUUGCGCUAGGAUCAGACGCGAUUAUUCCGGUGAACAGCCUUGGUGGAUGGAUCCGAACUCCGACAACGUUCCUGAAGGUGUCGAAGCCAGAAGCGUGUGUAACGACGAUAUCAGUCAGGAAACGACCGUCAGUGGUACCUUGCCUGACGAUGGAAAAUACAAAUACAGAAUGUGGAGACAAGAAUCAGGCGAACGAGCCUGGUGGCUGGACUCGGUGGACAGCGCAGCCUCUGAGGAUACCAGGAAGCAAUGCUCGACCAUCCCGAGGCAGGAAUCGGGGGAGAAAGGGUGGUGGUUAGACUCCAUGGAUAGCUUUCCAUCGGACGACACCAAAAAACAGUCGUCUUCAGCAGUUUCGAGGCACGACUCUGGGGACAGGGGUCGUUGGCUGGACGGAAACGACAGCGUUCCCUCGGAGGAAUCGAAAAAAUCAUCGCGCUCGACUCUGUGGCGGCAGGAGUCCGGGGAGAGGGCUUGGUGGUUGGACGCGAACGACACCGUCCCAUCGGAGGAACCGAAGAAACAAUCCGCCACGGCGUCUCCGUUGUCGAGACGAGGCUCCAGUCGUUGCAGUACACGAUCCAGUGAGAGAAGGAGUCGCAUCAGGCACCAGCAAUCAGGCGAACGGGCAUGGUGGAUGAGCGACGACUCUGAGAACGUGCCCGAAGGAAUAGAAGUGAUUCCCAUGACCUCGAGCAGUAGCCAGAACUCCAAGAAUCACAAAGACGAGGUCGAUGAUAGCCAGACAUACGGGAGGGCUAUCAAUAAAAUUAGGCACAUCGAGUCCGGCGAGAAAGCAUGGUGGAUGGACAGCUCGUCGAACGUUCCUGAAGGCGUCGUCAAGAUUCCCGUGGAAACUUCGAACAGCGCAUCCGACUCCUCCGAGUCGUUCGAGAGAAUCGAUAUUGGCGUUAACCCUGAACCUGAGAUAUACGCCAAGAGAAGCCUCUCGAGAUUCCCUAUCGAGUUUCCGCCUCCUCCACCCGACGAGCCUCUCGGGGAUCGCGCCAGUCCCGAAGGGGUGGAAAAUCCUCCGGACCCGCCAGACAAUUACGGAGGUCGAGAGUCGCCAUACGACAACGUGGAACCAUCACCCCGAAGAUCGUCGCCAAGGAAACGUCCCUCCACGUUACCGUUGUUCAUCGGCGAGCACACCAACAUCGACGACCUGCUGGGCGACACGUCCAGCCUCUGCCCCAGUCCCGUCUUGUCGCGUUUCCGUGAACGCAAGCGUAUCGACGAGGAUUCCUCGGAGGAGAGCUCAGAAUGCGAAGAAAUCGACGCCUCCCAAGUGAUCAUCCACGACAGCACGCCGCAGACGCCAGUGAUCCAACGACGACAUCGGGACAACGAGAGACCACAACCCGACGGCUACAUUCCGGUACGUACACGCCAAUCUGUAUAAUAUCAAUCAUUUUUGCUGUCUAACAUCGGGUAAGUCCUAUCAUUAUUGUAAACAGAAAGCGACGGUUACUUAGCAACGUGCAAAAUUAGGGAACGAGGGAGAAAGUAAUAGUGUUAAGAUUGGUUGUCUUCUUUAUUGUCCAAAUCUUGAUAGUUGCAGGCCUUUUUGAUCGUUUUCGCUUUAAUAAUUGAAGUUGCUAUGCAUAUGCGAGACUCGUAUUCUUUCACGAAAAGAAAAAUUGAAAGAAAGGAAACAUUAUUUAAUACACAAAUACACACACCCCAACGACAUAUGGACAGACGUAACUGACUUGCGACCUCUCUGUGCAUAAAACACCCUGAAUAAGCCCACAGAUAUGUUAUAUAAUUGUGUACAACAAAUAAUCCUCCCUAAGGAAACCCAAGAUUUCGCAAAAGUCAGCAAAGACAAAUCCUGACGAGUCACUUCGUAUCUUCCUACAAAGGUUAACGAGCUCAUCGUGACCCAAGACUAACCUCGAAAAUAUGUUUCGCUAACGAAUGGAAAUCCAGAAUGGCAAUUAUCCCAGCGCUCCUCUUCCAUCGACGUAGCAAAGCGACGAAGAGACCCAACAAGCCGCGAGGAAGCGGAAGAAAACAAAUUUCCGUCAAAUACGAAUCCACAAACGGUCUUUCGGCCCCCUUAUUCUCCCAUCGGAAUUGUUCGUUAGCUGCAAUUUUGCGCAAUUCCGAAGACGCGUCCUCGCAAAGACAAAGGAGACACUCGGGCAACGUAUUUACGCCCAGAAAGCAUAUUGUUCAAUCCGCGACCGAAUUUCGCUCCGACGUCCUCUCGAAUCGUCGCUCAAUCGGUCUUUUCACCAUGGAAACGCUGGGUGUGCAAUUUCAAACUAAUCCCGUCGCAUUUUCGAAACGCUCAUUCCGUCUAAUCAGAUUAGCUCGGUUUACGGGGGGCCUCGGUGCGCGACGUUCUCUUUCGGUAGCGUUUCACCGAGUUAGAUGGACUGGUUACACGUCGAAUACGCGAGAGUGAAGUUGAACGAUUGUUAUUAAUUGCCUGUCGUCGUCUACCUGUUUCUUCUUACAAUUAACGCUCGGAGGACUCUCUGCGACCGCGAAUUUGGGUGUAAGCGGGUCAGACGAGGCGGAACGUCCUUAAUGACCGAGCACUCGCGUUCGCUUGGGUUAGGUUGGGUCAUAGGUGGACAGGAUAGCCUCCUAGAAAUCUAAAUGAUGAUGAAUUUAUCGUGUCACGUGGUGGAGCAGUGAUAGUAACGUUCAUUAACGCGUUAGGGGGGCGAUUAGAAACUUUUUCAUUGAUGUGUUGGUUCUUCUUCGAUUUUAGUUUGGAAGUGUAUGCUUUAAAGUGGUACUUUUUUUAUUAUACAUAGUUUCUUACAGCCACGUCUGGGAGUUUGAUAACCCUUGAAUGAUUAACCCUUUUGCUUGGUGGUGGUUCAGGAGAAAAUGUGUCAGAACUGUUAAGACUAAACAAAGUAAAGAUAUUUGAAGCCAUAGUAAAAUUUCUGAAUGAUAU